UCAGUUUGACUGAAAUUGUGGAGAAUGGCGACUCGUUUGAUACUCUUGUCCAUUUUGUGUGGGCAUCUUUUGUAUUCGGGGAAUUGUUCAGCACUUAUUGAAAGUAGCGCCAAUGUAGCGCCAUUUCAUUUUGAACCUAUCUUUGUGACGAUGAUUUAUUGAAGAGCGCGGUCAAUAAGGUGGAGUUUUUGAGCCUCAAACUAGAGAAUUAUGAUCUGCAUAUUCAAAGCGAAUUAAUGGCAAUGAAAGAGCAGCUUAUAGGUGAAGUAAAGAAGAAUCAGAAAUCAGCGCCAACUGCAACCAAGAAACCAUCUUCUUGUACCGAAGCAAUGCGUCAAGAAAACGGGAAAUAUGUAGAGAGUGGUGUUUAUGAACUUUACUUGCCGGAAUUCCUUCAACACUCUUUCAAUGUUUAUUGCGGCGAACCAUGGACUAUAAUUCACGAGUAUGAACGCGGUUUCGGCGAUUUGAAUGCCAAUUUCUUCCUCGGCUUGGAUAAAAUACAUGCAUUGACUCAUUCGCGAUCUCAUGAGCUUUGGUUUCAAUUGGAAGAUUUUCAAAAUGAGAAACGUGUUGCUAAGUAUGAGAGCUUCGCUAUAGACAAUGCUCAGGAGAAAUAUGAGUUAAUUGUGCUUGGUGAAUACUCAGGCACGGCCGGUGACUCGUUCUUUGCCCAUCGCGACCAAAAAUUCACCACUAAAGAUAGUGAUAAUGACAAAAAUGGUGUUAACUGUGCAGUGAAAUAUAAGGGCGCUUGGUGGUAUAAGAAAUGUUGUUACAGCAAUCUGAAAGGUUUAUAUUUAGGAGGAGAAUAUCCAAAAAGUCAGUAUGGCGAAGGCGUGGCGUGGGAUACCUGGCGAGCGAAUACCUACUUCCUCAAAUAUUUGCAUAUGGCUAUAAGUAUUGAUUACUGAGAUGGUGGUUUUAUAUUGAAAAUUUUAGGACCCUAAACAUUACUGACAUUAAAGCCAUUGAAACUAAUUUAAUUGAGCAUAAUGUUUUAUAAAACUUCGCA